UGUAAACCUAUUUUCUUCUCAGUUUCUGAAACUACACUGGCGGAGUUUCCAAUUAAAGUCUUCAAGAACCCAUUUUCAAAGUUAUUUUCUUUGCUUAUUUUUCGGAUAUGAAUGCUUGACCCAAAAUCUGGUUAGCUCUGAUCUUUGACAACUUAGCCAUGGUUGGUGAUUCAGCUAUCAUGGGUACCAAGAUCAUCCCAAGCAGAUCAAUUCUCGGAUUCAAGAACCCCAUCAGGGUGUUUGGUGUUCCUCCAAUUCCUAACCCCAAUUUCAGUUUUGCUACUAACAAAGCUACCCUUAGAGCAAUGGCGGCGAUGCAAGUGGGAGCUGAGAACACUGAGAAUGCUAGUAAAUUGAAGAGCUUGAAAGGGUCCCUGGGAAUCGAUGCGGUGUCAGAAGAGGAGUUGAAGGAGAAAGGGUUCUUAGGGUUAAGGAAGACGAAGCUCGUAUGCACGAUCGGCCCGGCUUGCUCCUCUUUAGACGAUCUGGAGGAUUUGGCUCUGGGCGGGAUGAAUGUGGCGAGGCUUAAUAUGUGCCAUAACUCAAGGGAGUGGCACCAAGAUGUGAUUAGGAAGAUAAAGAAGCUUAAUGAAGAAAAAGGGUUUUGUGUCUCUGUAAUGAUUGAUACUGAAGGCAGUCAGAUUCAUGUGGUUGACCAUGGAGCUCCUUCUUCUAUCAAGGCAGAGGAGGGCUCAGUUUGGAAUUUCACAGCUCAGAAGUUUGAAGGUUUGCGGCCAUUAACAGUUCAAGCACAUUUUCAAGGUUUUUCUGAAGGUAUAAACAUUGGUGAUGAAGUUGUUAUUGAUGGAGGAAUGGCGACGUUUGAAGUUAUAGAGAAAAUUGGAAAUGAUUUGCGAUGCAAAUGCACCGACCCUGGUCUACUGCUGCCCCGGGCUAAACUCAGCUUUUGGAGAGAUGGAAAGGUCGUCGGGGGUAAUAAUGAGCUUCCAACUCUAUCAGCAAAGGAUUGGGCUGACAUUGAGUUUGGAAUUUCAGAAGGUGUUGAUUUUGUUGCGGUUUCAUUUGUGAAAGAUGCUGAAGCUAUCAAGCAGCUAAAGAGCUAUCUGUCUACUAAAUCCUCUGACUCAAUCAAAACCUUGGCUAAGAUCGAGAGUUUGGAGUCUUUGAGGAAGUUGGAAGAAAUUGUCGAAGCUUGUGAUGGAAUUAUGAUAGCAAGAGGAGACCUUGGAGUUGAAAUCCCUCUCGCGCAGAUUCCCACCGUGCAGGAGAAGAUUACUUAUGUUUGCCGGCAACUCAACAAGCCCGUUAUUGUAGCUUCUCAACUUUUGGAGUCAAUGGUGGAGUAUCCCACUCCUACACGAGCAGAGGUUGCCGAUGUUUCUGAAGCAGUUCGACAGUAUGCUGAUGCGCUAAUGUUGUCUGGUGAAUCAGCAAUAGGAUUGUACGGGCAGAAGGCGCUCGAUGUCUUGCGUACAGCAAGCAGUUGCAUGGAACAAUCGAGCCGUGCAGAGAACAGGCAAACUAGUUUACAUCAGCUCACGCUUGGAGUUUCUUUGCCCGACAAAAUCGCAGAGCAGAUAUGUAAUUGUGCAGUAGAAAUGGCUAACAACAUAGGCGUAGAUGCUAUCUUUGUGUACACAAGAAAUGGGCAGAUGGCGUCUCUCCUCUCGCGUAACCGUCCAAAUCCUCCGAUAUUUGGCUUCACGAACGACAGUGGCACGAGGAUGGCUCUCAAUCUGCAGUGGGGGAUAAUACCUGUGUUAGUAGACCUAUCGGAUGACAUGGAAGCAAACAUUGAGAAAACCAUUGAUCUCGUAAAAGCAAAGGGGUUGAUUAAGCGCGAUGAUGCAGUUUUGGUGGUUUCUGAUAUUAUUCCAACUUCUACACCUCAAACAGUGUUCCAAUCAAUCCAGGUUAAAACCAUUGUCUAGCUCCCUCAACAGUACCAUCUUUUUCCCUUUCAAACACAGCAGAAAGCUUUCUUUCUUGUUUUGGCUGUUUUGAUGUAUGAAUAUAGUAUAACACAGUUACACAGUAGAAAGCUUUCUUUCUUGUUUUGGCAGUUUUGAUGUAUGAAUAUAGUAUAUAUAGAUUACUAUAAACAUGAGUUUCUUAAUUAUCCAAAUCUGUAUCCUAUUAAUAUCUUAGUUGA